AAGCUUAAGUGUAUAUAUUUUCCAGUUAAUACAGGGUAUUUUAAGGUGAAUGUAAGGUGGACUCUUGUAAUUCUGUAGGUCUCACCGCUGGGGGCGCCGAAGUAAACAAAACUUUAAUUCUUAAAAAAACAUUUUCUUUCAUUUAAACGAGCACAGGACUUUAAUCUACACAGAUUUCUCUCCUAAAAACCGUUUAUUUGGCACUUGGUCAUUGAGGCUGACCUCCGACGUUUAACGAUGGAGGGAAGUGGUAGCGGAUGGCCGAGCGAGCCCAGCUUUCCUGCUUGGUGCGUAGGUAACCUUUCCACGGAGAACUCCAGCGCCGGGCGGAUAUACGAGGUGGCGGUACAGUCGACUAACGUCACUGUGAAAAGAAGUCCGCAGUUCGUUGGGGUGGAGCUUCUCCAGUCGUUCAAACCGCUCAUCAUUCCGUGUUAUGCUCUGGUCGUGCUGGUUGGAGUGUUCGGAAACUAUUUGCUUCUGUACGUCAUCUGCCACACGAGGAAGAUGCACAACGUGACUAAUUUCUUCAUCGGGAACUUGGCCUUCUCAGACAUGCUGAUGUGCGCCACUUGCGUGCCCUUUACCUUGGCGUACGCCUUCAAUCCUCGAGGAUGGGUGUUUGGAAGAUUCAUGUGCUAUCUGGUGUUUCUCAUUCAGCCGGUGACUGUGUACGUGUCUGUGUUCACGCUAACCGCCAUUGGGGUGGAUAGGUACUACGCUACGGUCCACCCUCUAAAGAAGCGGAUCUCUGUGCUGGCCUGUGCUUACCUCCUCUCCGGCAUCUGGAUCCUCUCCUGUGGCCUGGUGGCUCCAGCUGUGGCCCACACCUACCAUGUGGAGUUCAAAGAUGAAGGCUUCACGAUCUGCGAGGAGUUUUGGAUGGGGCAGGAACGUGAGCGACUGGCGUACGCAUACAGCACGCUCUUCAUCACCUACGUACUCCCUCUCUCCGCUCUCUGCAUCUCGUACUUGUGCAUCUCCGUCAAGCUUCGCAACUGCGUGGUGCCUGGGCACCGCACGCAAAGCCAGGCGGAAGCUCAGCGAGCACGGAAGCGGAAGACCUUCCGGCUGGUGUCGCUGGUGGUGGCAGCUUUUGCAGUCUGCUGGCUGCCCAUUAGUGUCUUCAACGUCCUGCGAGAUAUCGAUAUCAACCUGAUCGAUAAGCGCUAUUUCCUGCUCAUCCAGCUGCUGUGUCAUCUGUGUGCUAUGAGUUCAUCUUGCUGCAACCCAUUCUUGUACGCUUGGCUGCACGACCGUUUCCGAGCGGAACUGCGGAAGAUGUUUACGUGCCACCAACGGAUUGGUAUCGGAAUACCUGCCAAUAACUGUGCCACCGCAAGCGUGGUGCUCUGACAGAAGUAGCCCAGAGUGGGGCAAAUGCAGACAGCAAAAUAGAACCAGAACCAGGGGACAGCCAAGGAAGUUUGACUGAAGUUGGUUUGAGACUUCUGGAACGGAGAAAAACGUCUCAUGGAUGUCUGGAUUUACUGACCUUCAAUGGAUCCGGUUGUUCAAUCAGUGUAGAUCAGGGGUCAACAACUCUGCUUCUGGAGAGCUACCUUCCAGAAGACGUCAGCUCCCACCUCAAUUCUCAAUCAAUUCCAUCUGAUUACCCAUCUACUCAUCUAAUUACCGCCUCCAGGAGUGCUUGAUCAGUUGAAUGUGGUGGGUUAGGCUAUGUUCCGACGGCAGACAUAUUGGAUUUGCUUCUCAUAGCAAGUCUGUUGAGUCUGUCUGUUCACACUGUUACUUGCAAGAGUUCAGACCAGACCUGUCUGCAUGGGUUGCUCUGCAGACUAUGAUGCAGGAAUCAGUCGCAAUACUGGUGGUGAAGCUUUUUUAUGCGGAAGCAGGAGAGAUGAAAAGGGAUUUUUCGACACUCUGGAUUUGACGUGGGCGUUCUGUAAUCUCAUCUGUUCAUAAUCACAUUUCAAACCACCUCCGAACCACAAACGGAUUUCAAAAAACAGAGAUUUCAUAUGGAUACUGUCUAGGAUAUGGCAUAAAUCUGACUUGAGCUGGAUGCCUGAAUAUAUAUACUGUAUGUUUCUCUGCAUACUUUAUUAUUCUCCUUUCACUCUGUUCUUCAAUGGCUGGGCUCCACAGGAUAGACCACCACAGAGCAGCUAUUAUUUGGGUGGUGGGUCAUUUAUUCUCAGCACUGCAGUGACUGUACUGGCAUGGCGAUGGUGUAUGAGGUGUUAGUGUGUGUUCUAGUAUGAGUUCAUUAGAUGCAGCAGUAGUGCUGGUGUUCAUUUAGCAUGUGUUCAUUUACUGUUCACUCACUCUAUUAGACACUCCUACUGCCUAUUUGCUCUACCUUGUAGACGUAAUGUCAAGUGUCAUAAUGCUCUGAAUCUGUUGCAGCACAACACUGUUCGGGAUGCUCCCCAUAGGACACUGUACAAAGGAAAUUUAGAUGUUUAAAAACUCAAGCAGCACUGCUGUCUCCGAUCCACUUAUGCCAGCACAACACAACACAACACCACCACAUGCCAGUGCCACUCAAGUUCUUAUUCACCACCCAAAUAAAGCUCUGGACCACCUGCUCUGUGGUGGUUCUGUGGGGUCUUGACUAGGGAUGCAUCAAUACCAUUUUUUGUAAGUACGAGUACAUACAUUUUUGUACUUGCCGAUACCUACUUAGAAUUAAGCAACCAAAAGCAUUUUGUAACAGUGUAGUUAUUAGUGUAGUGCAUUAUAUAGAAACGUCUCAUUGAUUUCUGGAGUUACUGGCCUUGAAUGGAUCCGGUUGGUCAAUCAGUGUAGAUCAGGGGUCAACAACUCUGCUUCUGAAGAGCUACCUUUCAGUAAACAUAAGCACCAACCUCCAAUCAAUCCCACCAAUUAUCCAUCUCAUCUAAUUACUGCAUAUAGGAGUUCAUGAUCAGUUGAAUGUGGUGAGAUAGGCUAUACAAUUCAGAAAUUAUGCUUAGACAAAAAAAACUCGAGAUUAGUUUUAUUCUAUGGACGCAUGCUAAUUUCUCCAGCGUUAUCAUGUCACACAAAAACCACUCGGAUGAGCCAAUCGGAUGAGACUUUCAGGAAAUAAAUAUUAGGAGAGGCUGAGUAAGUGACGUAUUGAAGUAAAUUUCACUUUUUUACCACUGUUUGUUUACUGCCUGUGGACUGCAUGUUGGAUGUAUGAAUUAGUUGAAUUCAAGGUUCAGUAGACCCUUGGAGAUCUGAGCUUGUAAUCCGCAAGCGCCAUGGAACUGCUACUGGUCUUGGCGACAGUGUGAGGGAAGAUACAAGCUGCAAGUCGAGAUUUGAAACGAGAUGCGAGACCCGUAUUUUAUGAAUUUUCAUCUCCCAUGCUGUGGAUCUGGGACUUUGGGAUCAUUUUGACUUGAGCGAUGAAUUUGUUGGAAACAAAAGUUGUCGCUUCAUUAGAGUAGCAAUAUGCACUAGGUAAUAUGCACUAGGUAUUGCAUGUUGGCGAGUACGAGAGUACAUUAGCAUGGUAUCGGUAUUCAUGCAUCCCUAUUCCUCACCAUUAAAGAACAAUUUGUGCAAUGCUGCGUAAACUGUUUAAUCAGAGACACAUCAAUAGUUUGCAUUGUCACAUUCUUAAAAAUUAGGCUGAACAAUCUCUGCUGAGCUUCUUUGAGCAACAAAUCAAAUCAUCCAAAUAUACAAGCAUGAAGAGGCUGAAGAACACAAAAGCUUGCAUGAUGAACAACAAGAUAAACAUGCAGAGCUUACAGAAAAUAUAGUCCAGGUUCGAUCUGAAAGGGCUUGUGAAUGACAUCCUUUACUGAACUUUAUGCAGAUCUGUUUAAUUUUUAAAAGGUUGUCUUGGUGCAUCCUAGUUUGCUUAUGUUCAUAAAGUAGCAUCAACUUAUAAUUGUUGUUGCUUCAUUAGAGUAGCAAUGUGACCAUUGAAGAACAGGGUGAAAGGAGGUUAAUAUAAUAUGUAGAGAAAAAAGCAAAAGGACUACAAUUCGUAAUUAUAGCAAAGGGACUACAAAGGGACUACAAAGUGUACUCUGUGGAGUUAAAAAAAAUUGUGUUUCUAACGGGUGUAGAAACAAGGCGGUGGUCCUAAUUCUAUGCUUGAUGUGCGUAAUCUGCAGAAGAGUAUCUCUCCCGGAUCAGGGUUGGUGAUUGCUGAUGUAGAUACUUAUCUGAUUUGCAUUGGGCUCAUCAUUUGACUUGUGUGACUCAAGGAACUGAAGGACUAGCCCAAAGGCCUGUAUACUAGCUGAAGAGAAGAUGAAGUGCAAAGAUGACUAAACAGACCCAUUACGUUUAUUCUCUCGUUUUUCAUCAGAAGCGAUCUCUCCAGCUAAGAACGGCACUACAAACGGUUGGAGCAUUCUUUUGAAGUGUCUGUUUCCUUGAAAUCAUUGAACUUUGAAGACUGUUUCCACACAAAACAAAUGGAGAUUUAAUAUUCUCUAAUGACUGUGAAGAUCUCUGAGUUUGGGGAACAUUAAAUGGAUUUCGGCAAUGCCUCAUAUCCGAAAAAUAUCUGAAGUGUGUCAAACCCAUUUCAAAGUAGCUCUUGCUCACUUUGCAGAUAAAAUUUUCAAACGGAGAUCUACGGAUUGUAUUUUUCAUGAAAGUAUCUGUUCAAAGAAACAACUGUGAAUCUGCUUUUCUCUUUUGUUGCGACCCUGUUGCAGAACCCAGAGUCUUGUAAUUAAAAUCCUUCUUUGAGCACAUUGAAUACAAAGCAUCAUAAGGACAUUUGCAUCUGCACUUUAGUAUGACAUUCCAAAAACCAACCAACCAAAAAAAAAACAAAAAAAAACAAAAAAAAAACACUGCCAACCUGUUGUAUUUUUGAUGUUUUUUUAGGUGUUGUUUGAGGUGUUGGAUCUGUUCCUUCUGUUCUGGAGGACACUCUUUAAAAACUGAUAUUCUUGCAAGACAAUUCAAAACACCACAUUGCUCAUCAUUUGGAAUGUGCUAAGGCGUGAGGAUGUUUAGAGUUUUGGGGAUGUCAUAGACAGCACAAUCACCUUCAAAUGUAAUACUGAAUGGAUUCACAUUCCUCUUCACAAUACUAUGUUCGAAAGACUAUGAAUUAAUUAAUUAUAUUAUAUUUUUACCUACCAAGGUACAACCUGUCAAAACUUUAACAGAAUCUAAUAAAAAUAUGCCCCAUGUUGUUUUUUCCUGA